AUGGGGCCUUCAGAGGGUCCCCUGCCUCCAUCACUCACCCUCAGCCCUGCUUUUCUCGGUGGCGAGGAGAAAGUCUUUGCCUUCCUCAGCUCUUCUUCUCAGACAGGCUGGGCGGCUGCUGACCCUGCCAGCUCUGGCACCCUCUCCUCAGGGCGGCCGCUGCCACCCCAGCUCAGACAGAGGGCCAUGGCCUGGGAGACCCCGCACCUGCUGCCCCUUGUCCUACUGGUGUUCCUGACCUCAGCUCCAACCCCGUCCACCGCCAGGACCACCAGGACCACCGGGACCACCAGGACCACCGGGACCACAGCCGGGACCUUAGCCAUCAGCCCUGUCAUUGACGGCCCCCCAGGCCACAGCAAUAUCAUCCUCAGUGUGAUGGUGGUGCUCCUGCUGCUGCUGGCGCUGGCCCUCCUGGUGAUCCUGUACUUCUGGCAACGGCGACGAGCCAGGGCAGGUGAGGGCAAAGCCCAUCACAUCCAUGGCAUUUCCACCCAUGAGGAUGAGACUGCGCAUCGGACGGACCACCCUGCACGUCACAGGGACUCUCAGCUUUCCUGGGGCUCCGACCAGCAGCUAGGCUCUGGCAAGGACACUGGGGACAUCCACUACGCCUCAUUUACCAACCUGGACCCCUUCGGCCUCGAGGACCCCAUCUACAUCAACACCCGCCCCGGCCUGAGGCCCACAUCUGACCCAUUUCUGGCUGUGGAAUAUGCCAGCAUCGCUAAAAACUGAGCCCUGCGCCCCAGCCGGCUGCCCAGGAGGAGCCCAGGAUCAGCAGGCAGAAGUCACUUCGCAGUGAGCACCUGUGUGAGGCACAGGGCUGCUCUCCCAGGGACGGGUGACUUCUUGUGGCCGAGAAGGCCCCAAACCAUCAAGGGCCAUCCCUUCCUGCAGAGGAGAUGAAGGGGGAGCAAAGGAAGAAAAGCCUUAUCACCUAGAGGAGAGAAGCUCUGAGUCUGAGGGCUGUGGGGCAGGUGGGGACCAAGGGGUUUCUGGAUACCUGCCUACUCCCCUCUGAGUGGAGAGGGCCUGGGACUCAGUGCUUCUGAGUAACCCAAUCUUCACCCCCUCUCUGGUCUCACUUCCUUCCUGACCAGGCUGUGAAAUCCUAACGGUUAGGAAAGUUCCUCUGCUGGUGACUGUCCCCAUGAGAGCCCCUCCCUUAACUGUCCUCUCAGGGCCUCCAGGCCCGGCUGGAAAGUUCUAUCUGCCACCCCAGCUCCUCUCCUCCUUCUUGGCCUCCUAAUUCUAAUCCAUCCUCACCGACGGCCCUGCCAGGACACUCAGCCUUGCCCUUGCCAGGCAGGGCGUGGUAGGGGAGCAUCCCUUCCUAUUGUGGCCCACUUUAUCAGAACUGCCCAGGGCUCCUCUGCCUUCCCCAGAAACUGCGGCCCCUCUGCCCACUGCAUCUUAGGCAGACAGAGGGUUAGCGAGGUGCCUGCUUUCCCAAAGUCCACGCCCACAGGGCCCUCUGGAGACAGGCCCUGAAGGGGAGCCCUGAGCCCCGCAACUUCAGGGCCUGUGGGCAGAAAGGCCGUGUCCUGCCGCAUUAAGGGGAGGAUGACUUGGAAUCACAGAUUCAUCACUUCUCAAGAGUGACAUUAAAGGUCAUUGAAUCCAACGGCCAACGGGGACCCCAGACCCCUCUGUGCGAUUCCAGUGUCAGGCGGUCUCUGCUCCCGUCUCUCCCAGGACUGGGAGCUCGCUGCCUCCUGCUCAGGCGGCUGGUUUGGGACUUUUCCAUCAGUACCGUGCUCACCUUCAGUCAUGAUGGGACCUCAGCCUUGCCCACAGGAUGGAACCUGAGGACCAGAA